UCGUAAGGUGGAGAAAGAUGCAGUAAUUGCUCACAUGAAGUAUUUCAAUCUACGAGACGCGACAAGCAAACCAGUCCAUGGUGGAUUCAAGUUCGAUUAUACAAUGAGACUUGUGGGACAGCACGAAGAGCUCGGUCACGUCCAGACUAGGUGACACUUCUGAUUGGCUGGACUGAGAGCGCCGGUCGGCAGACAAACGACAGGCAGACCCGGGCCCAUCCUUGCCAAACAGUUUCGUUUCUUUCGAUCAGUACGAAUGCCUUUUGAAUGUUCUCAGGAAUUCCACUGGAUGGCAUGAUUGCACUAUUUUUUUGCCCUUUGCGCUGAUGCUGCUCUGUUGGUAUUAGCCGGCGCUGAUGCCGCUAUGCUAUACCAACUUUUCAACAGGAGGCUUACUAUGUUCUGCUUAUUAGCGGUAAACCCUAUGCGACGACUACAUGUGUAAGUUUGUACUUCCUCAGACGUACGGCGUACGAAAGAUAUUUUGCGUGCUCUUGCAUGCCCGUGACGAAGUUACGAGCAGAGGCUAGUUGACAUUGAUCUUAUGCCAGGGUGGACGCGAAUUAUGCUUGCUGUUUUCCUCCAUACUCAUGACACGACAUCUGCAAGCGUCAUGCUUUUAUAUGUUCAUAACUGCCGCUUUUGAUGCUGCCCGUUCGCUUCGCGCCAACUUUCCCUGACGUGCGGAAUUCAUUGUAUUUAUCAUGUAAUACCUUUUCUCUUCUAGUCCUUAAAUCAAUCACGGCUCUCAGGCCGGCACAUAAGGUCAUUUCCGCUACUACUUAGCUGGGCGGGAAUCGUGCCACUUUUCGUCUAUAUGUCCAGGUGUUAUGGAACCCUCGGAAUGUCAAGGGAGGGCACUUAUAUAUCCAUCACCCCUUUCGUUAUUCAACCAGUCCGAACUUCCCCUUUCCCAUUGUAUACGGUUUCUGUGAUCAUCGCUACUAUGACGCUUAGCCUGUACUCUAGCCUAGCUUUGAUCUUCCUCGCAUGGGUCUUCAACCGAUUACGCAAGCUUGGAUCAAGAGGACGCGGUCUGCCUCCAGGACCCCCUACGAUACCGCUCCUUGGCAACCUACACAUAUUCCCAAAGACGCGCGCUCAUGAAAAGUUUACUGAAUGGGCGAGGGUUUAUGGCGACAUAUAUUCGCUCAAGAUGGCUUCUGGUACUGCAGUCGUCAUCUCUAAUCCCAGACUUCUCCGAGAAUGUAUGGAUUUGCAUGGCGGGGUGACCUCUGAUCGCCCUCCGGUAUACGCAGCGAAGCUGAUAUGGGAAGAUAAAGAGCUUGCUGUAGCUCGAUAUGGCCCAAUGUGGAAGAAUAUGCGUCGCGCAGCGCACGAUAUCUUGUCACGAGAUGCUUGUAUGAAUCACUUGCCUAUCCAGCGCGCGGAGGUUGUGAAGCUUAUGUACGAUUUCUUGGCACGACCGACGCAAUUUUACACUCACAUCUACCGUUAUGCCGCUUCGGUCGUCUUUUCGGUGGUCUUUGGGAUCCAUUGUCCGGAGUUCAACGACAGCUUCAUUCAAGAUUUUCUGAUUGCCAUCGGCAUAGCGAAUCGCAUAAUGAGGCCUGGUGGAAUGCCGCCAAUUGAUAUUCUUCCAGUUUUGAAGUAUAUACCAGAGCGAUGGGCUCCAUGGAAAACAUUGUGCAAACAGGCGCAUGAUAUGCAACACAAGCUCUAUUCUGGCUCCGUUCAAAUUUGUAUCGACCGUAUCAAGGAUGACAAACGAAGUGAUUGCUUCAUGGAAUUUCUUCUAGAUCAUCAAGAGCAAUACAGUCUGGACCAGGAAGAGCUUGUGUACUUUGGUGGCUCACUCAUCCAAGCAGGCUCAUACACAACUGCCGUCUAUCUGCGGUUCCUCGUGGCGUGUAUCGCUGCUCACCCUGAUGUCCUGAAGCGAGCCCAAGCGGAGAUGGACGUAGUAGUGGGAGCAGACAGGAUGCUGGGACUUGAUGAUCUGGAGAACUUGCCGUACUUGAAAGCAGUCAUCAACGAGGUUCACCGGUUCCGACCAGUCACACCUGCUGCUGUUCCUCACGCAUCUACAGCUGACGUCCGGGUUGGUGAAUAUGUCAUUCCCAAAGGAUCCAUGAUCUUCAUGAAUACAUGGGGAAUCUGUCACAACGAAGAAUAUUUCGAUAACCCAGAUUCAUUUGAUCCUGAAAGAUUCUUGCGCUCAGAGUUUGGCAUAAAGUCUGGCGCCGACCCUACCGGAUUUCGCAACGAUUUUGCUUUCGGAGCAGGACGAAUGACGGUUUUGUCCCGGCUCAUUGCUCGCAUCCAAUUCGAUUGCACUGAAUGCCAUGUCUAUGAUCUGGGCUUUCGACUUCACUCCAACUAAAGAUCUCGUUAGUGGAAAACUGAAGCAAAUUAACUUAACAGCCAUAACUGAUGGUAUCGUGUUGGUGCCGGAGCCAUUCGAGUGCGAAAUACAUCCUUGAAGUGCAGCCAAAGCGGAGUUGAUACGCAAAGAAUAUGCAGCCGCCAAGGAUACAUUCGACAUCUUCGAAUAUCGCACUUCAGUUGAUCGUUGAUACAAUGCUAUGAAGGCCCCCGUUUCGAUUUACACUAGAGCAUGAGGUGAAGAUGGACGAUAUUGAGAUACUGUGUAUCUCUACCUGUGUUUAUCGGUCGGCGUAACAUGAAACUGUCAAUUAGAAGGGUAGAAGUGUAUGUUUAGAUCUUUCCGGCUCAUGUCCGCUGCUUCGUGGGAGCUUGCACGGUUCUGUAUUAACCAG